UUUCCUCUGCUAAUCUCCGCUGUGGGGCGAAGUGCGGUUGAUCACAGAGUCAGCUUUGUGAGUCAGAAACCCGGUGAGGAGACUGUGAGAGUUCAUUGCAUGAAGUUAUGAAGAUGAAGCCUGUGUUGUGUUUUGAGACCAUUGGAUGUUGAGAGACCCAAGCUAUAAGACAUCUGCCAUGGACCCCUGCAUACAGAAUACAGUGACCUAUGAUGAUGUGCAUAUAGAUUUCACUUGGGAAGAGUGGACUUUGCUAGAUCCCUCCCAGAGGAAUCUCUACAAAGAUGUGAUGGUGGAGACCUACAGUAACCUCACUGCUGUAGGCUACAGUUGGGAAGACCAUAAUAUGGAAGAACAUUGUCAAAGUUCUAGAAGACAGAGAAGGUACAAAAGAAGUAAUAUUGGAGAGAAGCCCUGUGAAUAUACUCAAUGUGUUAAGUCCAUUGGAUAUCACAGUAAUCUCCAAAUACACAAAGGAACACAUACUGAAGAAAAACCUUAUGAAUGUAAUCAGUGUGAUAAAGCCUUUGCACAUUGCAGUCAUCUUCAAAUACAUAAAAGAACACAUACUAGAGAGAAACCUUAUGAAUGUAAUCAAUGUGGUAAUGCCUUUGCAUUUCAUAGUCUUCUUCAAAUACAUAGGAGAAAACAUGCUGGAGAGACACUCUACAAAUGUAAUCAAUGGAUUAAAGCCUUUUCACAACACAGUUAUUUCCAAAUACAUAAAAGAACACAUACUGGAGAAAAACCCUAUGAAUGUAAUCAGUGUUGUAAAGCCUUUGCAUAUCAGAAUAUUUUUCAACGGCAUGAAAUAUUUCAUAUUGAAGCAAAACCCUAUGAAGGUAUUCAAUAUGAUGAAGCUUUUGCACAUCAUAGUCAUCUCAAAAUAUGUAAAGAAACACAUACUGGAAAGAAACCCUAUGAAUGUAACCAAUUUAGUAAAGCCUUUGCACAUCGUAGUCAUCUUCAAACACAUAGUGGAGAGAAACCUUAUGAAUGUAAUCAAUGUGGUAAAACCUUUGCAAGAGAUAGUCAUCUUCAAAUACAUAAAAGAACACAUACUAGAGAGAGACCUUAUGAAUGUGAUCAAUGUGGUAAAACCUUUGUACAUCACACUUAUCUUCAAAUACAUAAAAGAACACAUACUGGAGAGAAACCUUAUGAAUGUAAUCAAUGUGGUAAAACCUUUGCAUAUCAAAAUAUUCUUCGAAGGCAUGAAAGAAUUCAUACUGAAGUGAAACCACAUGAAGGUAUUCAAUAUUGUGAAGCUUUUGCUCAUCACAGUCAUCUCAGAAUACAUAAAGGAACAUAUACUAGAAAGAAACCCUAUGAAUGUAAUCAAUGUGGUAAAACCUUUGCACGUCAUGGCCAUCUUCAAACACAUGAAAGAUCACAUAGUGGAGAGAAACCUUAUGAAUGUGAUCAAUGUGGUAAAACCUUUGCAAGUGACAAUCAUCUUCGAAUACAUAAAAGAAUACAUACUGGAGAAAAACCUUAUGAAUGUGAUCAAUGUGGUAAAACCUUUGCACGUCACAGUCAUCUUCAAAUACAUAAAAGAACACAUACUGGAGAGAAACCCUACAAAUGUAAUCAGUGUGAUAAAUCCUAUUCACAACUCAGUUAUCUCCAAAUACAUGAAAGAACACAUACUGGAGAGAAACCUUAUGAAUGUAUUCAAUGUGGUAAAGCCUUUGUAAGUCAGCGUAGACUCCAAAUACAUAAAAGAAUGCAUACUGGUGAGAAACCCUAUGAGUGUAAGCAGUGUGAUAAAGCCUUUUCCUGUCACAGUAAUUUUCAAAGGCAUAAAAGAACACAUACUAGAGAAAAAUCCUAUGAAUGUAAUCAGUGUGGUAAAGCUUUUGUACAUUGUAGUAGUUUCCAAAUACAUAAAAGAACACAUAGUGGUGAGAAACCCUAUGAAUGUAAUCAAUGUGGUAAGGCCUUUGCAUGUCAUAGUCAUCUUCGAAUACAUAAAAGAACACAUACUGGAGAGAAACCUUAUGAAUGUAAAUAUUGUGGGAAAGCCUUUGUAAGUCACAGUAAUCUUCAAAGACAUGAAAGAGUUCAUACUGGAGAGAAAACCUAUGAAGGUAUUUAACAUGAUGAAGCUUUUGCACAUUUCUGUUGUUUUCAGCAUCAUGAAAUAAUUCUUAUUGGAGAGAAACCUUGUGAACACUAACAAUGUGGUAAAGCCUUUGAAUAUCAUAGUUAUCUCUGAAGGCAGAAAAUAAGACAUACUAGAGAAAUCUUAUGAAUGUACUCAUUGUGCUAAAGCCUUUGAAUGUCAUAGUCAUCUUCAAAUACCUAAGAGAAUAAAUACCAGAGAGAAAGCCUACAAAUGUAAUCAAUAUGCUUUUCACAAUAUGGUUAUUUCCAAAUACAUAAAAUAACACAUACUGGGGAGGAACUCUAUGAAUAGAAGCAGUGUAGUAAAGCUUUUGCAUCUGACAGUAGUCUCCGAAUACAUAAAAGAAAACAUUAUUGGGAAGAAACCCUUUGAAUGUAAGGUAAGCAGUACAACCUUUGUAUGUGUAAGUAGUCCUUGAAGUCAUGAGAAAAAAAACAUAUGCAGAGAAACCCUAUUAAUAGUCAGUGAGUUAAAAUUUUGCACUUCAUGGUAGUUUUCUGUUACAUGAAGCAAUUCCUGGUUAAAAACAAAAAACUAUAAGCCUUUAGAUGCCUAACACCUGUUACAGGAAUGAAUGCAGGAAUGAAGAAAAACAUUGUUUUAAUUUUAAUUAUGUGAUGUCUGUGUAUCUUUAUGUGGGGAUGUGCAUGUAAAUGCUGGUUCCCAAAAAGUUUAGACCCUUGGACAUUCUUGUAGCAGGGAUUACAGGAAGUCGUCAAAAACCUGACCUUGGUCCCCAGAAUGAACUUUAUGUCACUGCUUGGCCAUAUCUCUACUCCUGUAAAUAUUUUAAAACUUCAUAUAUCAUCUUGAUGGUAGGAAAUAUGAAAGAACUUGUAUAAGAGAAAUCCCAUUCAUGUAAAUAAUUUGGUAAAGACUUUAGGCAUCACCGUUGUCUGUAGUUUAUAGAAAAAAAUCUUGUUUCAUCUCUUUUGUCAUAGACAUGAAGCAAGUAAGUUAUUUACCAUGUUUACCCAAGACUGUGGAGAAUCCUACAUUGUAAUUUCUAUUUUGAAAUAUUUGAAAUCAUUGAUAUUAAAGUGUGCUUUAUGAGUGACAAAUCUAUUUAGUCAAGUUUAUAUUUCUUUUGUGGCUUUUGUUCAUCUUUUAUUGUGCUUUAACUUGGAGAUAGGUAUUUUUCUGUUCAGUGUAUAGAAUGGGGUGCCCAUCAUCUAAGUCCAUUAUUUAUUUACCAGACAGUGGAGGAUUAUACUUUUCAAGUAAGGAUGUCUGAAAAUUUGGUGGGGUACCUGGUUUUGUUUUUCAUAGCUUUAUGAAUCCUCUUGCGAUGUUGUUUGUUAUACAACCUGUCUUAGAUUUUGGAAAUUAGACAGGGAUACAUUUGAACUCAUAAUCCUCAUGUGUCGCCUUAUGAAUACAAGUCCAAGGUAGAUAAUGUACCCCCAACAUGCACUAUUUUGUCAAUACAUUGUAACAAUGUUAAUGUUAAAAAAAUUAAUAGAAGAGAAUAUAAGGAACAAUACCACAUGUGUAUAUCCAAUGCAGCAUUUUUUCUGUCUGGAAGAGAUAUAAUAAAGUAGGAUAAUCAGCAAUCAACUGUAUUGUCUCAUAACAUAGCUUCAUAUUUCUUUGGAUAUGUAUAUAUUACUUGAUGUCCCAUGCUUCUUCAUGUCCAAGUGUAGUUAUAUGUUUGGCACUUCAUCUUGAAGUACUACCUUCAAAGGUAAUUAUACAGAGAUGGCCAAUAAUGUAACAGCAAUGAAAAUUUUAAAAAAUUUCUGUUUUGUGUGUGUAAUGUGAUUAUCGGUUUUUAGGCUGUGACAGAUAUGUGGAGCCUGAAGACAACUUUGUGAGGUCUACUUUUUUCUUGUUCAUGUAGUGAUCAAGAUGAAGUUAUCAGCCUUGCACACCACAGACAUUUCCUACUGGGCCACCUUCCAGAUGCUCAAAUAUGAUUAGUUGAAACAUUAUAUCUGUAAAAUAUUGUCUUUCUUUUCAGACUGUAAACAUUUUCAUCCAAGGAUAGAGGAAAACAGGACAGUUUGAAUAAUGAAUACUGUUUGCAAAUGAAAAUGAUAUACUGCUAUCACUUGUAUUUUGGAAUAUGUUAAUUCUCAGGACUAAACAUUGUUCAUAACACUUUCUCAGCCACAAACAAAUACCAUAGAAUUUUCUCAGUAAUGUUGAUUGCUGCUAAGCUUAAUAACUUCGGUUCAAUCUCUAGGAGACCUGUAGUACUACAAGUCUUUUUCUUAUUUCUAUAUUUGUGCUGUGGUAUAUGCACACUCACAUACCAGCACACACAUAAAUAAAUUUCAAUCCAAAUAAGUGCCAUUGAGAUCACUUGAAGCCAAACAACUCCUUGGCUUUCAACUCUAGAACACACAUAAGGGAUGUAGAUAAUCAAUACCUGUAAGUUGUCCUCUCAUUGCCAAAUUACAUCAUUAUGCAGGUUUACACACACAAACACAAUCCAGGCAUUUUAGAUGGAUGAAAUUAACAAAGCAAAAAAAAAAUCCAAUUAUUGGGAACAUAUGAAAUGACUUGCCAGUUUAAAUUAUUAGAAUUUUAAGAAGUAUUACUGUUCAUCAAAACAAUGAUAGUCCCUUUUAAAAUCUAAUUUUAUCCUUUCUGUCUGAUUCUAAGAUAGGUCAUUUUAAAACCAUGUCUUAGCUGGGCUUAGACGUCGAUACACAUAAUCACAGCAGUUGGGAGACAGUGGCAACUGAUCUGUCUGAAUUUGAGGUCAGCUUGGUCCAUUUAGUGAUUUCCAGGACAGCCACAACUAUGUAAAGAUAUCCUUUUUCAAUAAGAUUCCAAAAAGAAAAAGCAUAUCUCAAAUAUGGAGCUUUUUCUAAUGUAAUCUUACUGGACUCUGGUUUCAGCAAAACCUUUUGUUGUCUUUACUCACAUGAAGAGAAUGUGGAGAGUCCAUUCAUGGAGAUGUAGAAAUCCAUUGAAUCCUUUGGCAAACAUCUAGCAGGGACUUUCAUCACCUUCAAAGGAUAGGAGCUAGAAGGAGUAAUGAGACAUCAUCUUCUGCAUUAUAAUGAUGUUUGGGAGCUGGAGAGUUUGAUCCAUAGAACUUUUUCUUUGGAGUACCCACGUUUGGUUUCUAGCCCCCCACAUCAGAUGAGUAAGAAUUAACUGUAAUUCCAGCCUCCAGUAGAUAUGAUACGUUCUUCUGGUCUCCUAGGGCAGCAGAUAUGCAAAUGGUGAGAAGACAAAUAUAUAUGUGAUUAAAUGUUGUAAAUAAGAUUUUCUUUUUGUGUAUGUUAAUUUUUAAGAAAAAUGAAAAUUAAUUUAGAUGUACAUAUUUUGCCAGUGUGUAUACCUAGUGUAUGCUAGGUACUAGUGGAGGCCAGAAGAGGGUGUCUGAUCCCCUAUGACUGGAGUUACAUAUAGUUGUGAGCUGUCUUGUGGGUGCUAGAAAUCAAAGACAAGCCCUGUGGAUGAGCAGUCAGCAUUCUUAUCUGCUGAGUCAUCUUUUCAGCCAAAUGAACAUGUCAUCAAUAGUGAUGUUGUAUGAAUGGCUAAUCCUGAGUUCAUCUUUACCUCAAUCCUGGUCACCCAAAAGAAAUACAAGAUUGAUAGCAUCAGAAACUAACUUAGACAUGGAGCUUAAUGAAGUUUCCAAGCCUAAAUCUCUACAAAAUGAGGAAAGAGUACAAAUAUUGAUCAGGAGAGAAACUGGCAAGUCUUUUAAAAAGUGGCUGACUAUAGAUUGAGUUUAUCUCAAAUGUGGUAAAUAGGCAGCAAUGGGAGCCCACAAGAACACUGCAGCUGGGAGAAUUAGGCUCAGGCAGGGAUGAGCUCUGUAUUUGCUUAUACAAUGCAAUGUGUUCAGCCUUGAAACCCUAUACACAGAAUGAACAGAAAUGGACUCAGUGGGUUUUAUUUAUAUAUUUGUGCAUACUUAGUCACACAUACUUAAGGAAGAAAUUGGAAGGGAAGAAUUUGGGAAUUGAUGGACAGAGGACAGGAAAGGGAGAAAAUGAUGUAGUAUAUUUUAAUAAAAAUAUAUGUAAAUAAAUUUGAAGUAUAAAUGCUGCUAGUAAUAUAAAUUAUCAAUUAAGAGCACUGGGUGUUUGUACAGAGGACACAGGUUCCAUUUCCAGAAGCCAUGGUAGCUAACCAUCUCGUGUAAUUCCAGUUGCAGGGGAUUUUAUGCCUUCUUCUGGCCUCUGUAGGUACUGCACACAGACAUGCAGGCAAACACACAUAAAGUAAAAGUAAAUCUUAAAAAAAUGGGAAUUCUGUACAGUUAUGUCACAAGUCUUGAGACAGACAGUAGUAAGGAUUACUUAAAAUGAACUGGUCCACCAUAGAAACAGCAGUGGCCUUCCUCUGAGCCAGCCUCCUCAGAGGCAAAGGCAGCCUUGUUCUGGGGUUAGAAUAGCUCAGAAUAGUGGUUCAUUUAAGAGCACCAUCCAUGAUUUGGAGAGAUGUCUUUCCCAAGAUGUUUUUUUU